AUGCGUAGGAAAGGCAUGCGUAGGAAAGGCAUGCGUAGGAAAGGCAUGCGCAGGAAAGGCAUGCGCAGGAAAGGCAUGCGCAGGAAAGGCAUGCGCAGGAAAGGCAUGCGCAGGAAAGGCAUGCGCAGGAAAGGCAUGCGUAGGAAAGGCAUGCGUAGGAAAGGCAUGCGUAGGAAAGGCAUGCGUAGGAAAGGCAUGCGUAGGAAAGGCAUGCGCAGGAAAGGCAUGCGCAGGAAAGGCAUGCGCAGGAAAGGCAUGCGUAGGAAAGGCAUGCGUAGGAAAGGCAUGCGUAGGAAAGGCAUGCGUAGGAAAGGCAUGCGUAGGAAAGGCAUGCGUAGGAAAGGCAUGCGUAGGAAAGGCAUGCGUAGGAAAGGCAUGCGUAGGAAAGGCAUGCGUAGGAAAGGCAUGCGUAGGAAAGGCAUGCGUAGGAAAGGCAUGUAG